AUGUUCUUGUCUUACCCUGGCACUAAGAAACUUUCUCCCCUUCUUGCUAAGCCGCACAGGCCCGCCCCAUACGUUGCUGCUGCUGCUGCUGCUGCUGCUGUUGCUGUUGCUGCUGCUCCCUGCGGUGCUACAGCAGCAGCAGCAAAAGCCGCAGCAGCAGCAGCAGCAGUUCUCUCUACGGGGUGCGCUUACCUCUUUUAUCGUUUGGUGUAUUGGGAGAAGCUGCGCAGCACAUCUGUGCAGCAGCAGCACCAGCAGCAGCAGCAGCAGCAGCAGCAGCAGUUGCAGCAGCAGCAGUUGCAGCAGCAGCAGCAGCAGCAGCAGCAGCAAGCCUUGGAGGAGACGAUCCCAGGGGGGAGACGAUCCCAGAGGGACACACAACCACGGAGACGAUCCCAGGGGGGAGACGAUCCCACACACAAUACAACCCCAGGGAGGAGACGAUCCCAGGGGGGAGACGAUCCCACACACAAUACAAUCCCAGGGGGGAGACGAUCCCAAGGGGGAGACGAUCCCAGGGGGGAGACGAUCCCACACACAAUACAAUCCCAGGGGGGAGACGAUCCCAGGGGGGAGACGACGAUCCCAGGGAGACGACAAUCUGAGGGAGACGAUCCCACACACAAUACUAUCCCAGAGGGACACACAGACUUAGGGAGACGACGAUCCCAGGGGGGAGAGACGAUCCCAGGGGGGAGACGAUCCCAGGGAGACGACGAUCCCAGGGAGGAGACGAUCCCAGGGAGGAGACGAUCCCACACACUACACGAUCCCAGGGAGGAGACGAUCCCAGGGGGGAGACGAUCCCAGAGGGACACAGAGACUGAGGGAGACGAUCCCAGGGGGGAGACGAUCCCAGGGGGGAGACGAUCUGAGGGAGUUGUGUGGGGUUUGCUGAGUGGUGUGGGGACAGUCAAAGCACUGAUCGCCCACGUACAUACAAACAAAGCAGCAGCAGCAGCAGCAGCAGCAGCAGCAGCGGCAGCAGCAGCAGCAGCAGCAGCAGCAGCAGCAGCGCAUUGA